AUGUCAUCCGAGAAGAUUACCCUCUACGAAUUCGUCGGAUCAUGCUGGGCCAACGCACCCAAGAUCGCACUUUCCGAAACUGGAUUUAAAAAGGAUAAAGAUGUUGAAUGGGUAUCGAUCAAUCUCGCUGAGGGAAAGAAUUUCGAACCUGAUUAUCUCAAGAUCAACCCUGCUGGUACUGUACCCACCUUGAUCACAGGCAAAGGGGAGAAAUUUCAAGAUUCGAUCUCCGCUGUGAGACAAAUCAUCAAGCUCGCUCCACAUCCACCAAAGGUCGAUGCUCACACUAGUACCAGUAUCAUCGAGGAGAUCCAUGCUUCAGCACAUGACCCAAAUGCAACCUUGCUCUUCGCAAUUAACGAUGAGGAUCGAAAAGAGAAAUCGAACGGAUUACCCAAAGGUUUCUUACAAGGGAGACAAAAAGCUUUGGACAAACUCGCUGAGAACCCUCCAGAUGAAUUCAAAGAUUUCUUAUUGAAGAAGAAGAAAGAUAAUCAACAGUUAUUGGAUUUCUACAUCGCUGAACCUGAUGAAUCUACCAAACAAGCUCAUUACUCACAAGGUCAAAACCUUUGGAAAUCAGUUGGUAUAGCCAUCCGAGGAGUGAUCACCCAAGCAUUAAAGAAGAAUGACGGUCCCUUUGCAGGUGGUGAAGAACCUUCCGAAGUUGAUUACCACUUGAUCACCUGGCUAGCAAGGACCAUCACCAAUACCGGUGUAGAACCUGGUUCACCAGCCAGCGUGGCCAUACCUAAAUUACAGGAAUAUACAGGAGGUCAUAAUAUCGAUCCUGUCGUAGGACGAUACUGGGAUGCAUGGCUCGCUAGAGACAGUUUCAAAGAUAACAGUAUUCAUUAA